UUCCUUUUUCUUGUUGGUUGCUAGGGCCGGAUUCCCAGGACAAUACAGUUUUCGUGCAUUAACAUUAAGCAUUGAGUAUUAAAGCAUUGGCGGACCAGCCGUAGACGGAAGCUUGGAGUAAAAGAAGGACGAGAGAAUUGAUUCGUACACAACUUUAGCGUCACGAGAGCGCAAUCAUCAUAUCACCGCCUCCUUCAAACAUAGACAACCUCGCACAAUUCUGAGACUUUCCAUGACCAUGCAGCUCAACAUUUUUCGGUAAAGCGCCUUAAUUCCAGCUCCAUCUGGCCGGCACACACACUCUGCCCAGAGGUAUCUCACGACCAAAUACUCCGGUUUCUCCCGUCUUGAUCUUUUCCUUAGGCAGAGCUAGUACAUCCGCGCCGUUCUACUUAUACUGCGACUUACAAAAUGGCGUCCGGCUCAUCGAAUCAUCGUACAAUGGAGUCUCGGACUGGUAGAACAAAACAACGUUACAACUCGAAGGGUGAACGACUGGUAGCGGGAGUGGUUCCUCUCUCGGAGGAUCGGUUGUACGUUUUGCUCAUUCAAUCGACUCGGAGAAAAGGCUGGGUUCUUCCAAAAGGUGGAUGGGAAUCCGAUGAAGAAUGCACAGAAGCCGCUGAACGCGAAGCCUGGGAAGAAGCCGGUAUAAUAAUCCGUAUCGACUAUGAUCUCGGCGAAGUCAUUGACUCACGGCCGCCUAAAAAGCUGUCCAAGGAUGCUCCUAAAGCGCUAUACCGCUUCUACGAGGCCACCGUCCUAACAGAGGAAAGUAAUUGGCCGGAGAAGCACAAAAGAGAACGCCAGUGGUUUACAUACACACAGGCGAAGGAGGCUCUUUCGGAUCGACCGGAGCUGCUACAAGCUCUCGAAUUAUCUACUAUGCACAGAACAUAAGAAUCCCCGUGUAACCGGGAAGAACCCUUUUUUAAUGCCCUUUUCGUGGUGCGGUUUGGCACGCAUCUUUCUAUUGUCCAUAGGGAUCCAUCUGACCACAUUCCAAUCUGGAAAAAUUGCAUAGACCAAGGUUCUGGAGUUCUCGGUAUCUCUCGAGAUAUUUCUUCCCAUCGUGCGGCAUUAUAAUAUUCAUCUCCUUGGGCCUUUUAUUUCUGAAAUGGACGGGGAGAAGUGGUCGUUGAGAUGCUAAGCUUUGGUGUUGCUGACAUCUCAAUCAAACCCCGUCUCUCCCACCGUUGUUUACUAAUGAAAAGAAGA